AAAACAGGUGCAUUUUGUGUUUCAUUCACUCCCGUGUGUGUUGGCUUUUUUCGAGGGGAGGGCGAUCUUAUGUUGGAAUUCAAGUCUGUUUGAUUUUUUCGUUCCUUUUUCCUUUGUCACCUUAUUUGCUUUUCGUUUUCGGUUUAGUUGGCUUUUUUCGACGGUUUCGCGGAGGUGAAUAGCCGCCUCUGAUUAUAAAACGCUGUGGGAAUGCCCGUGACUUCAGAUGCCAAGAGGGCUCUGGCUCUUCUUGAGCGAGUACAGCAAAAAGUUACAAAUAACGAUGCAGGCAAUGGUGUGGCUUCCCAGGUCCAGACGGACUUGGACCUCCUCACGAGCCUCCUGCAGAACCCUGUGCUCAGGAACAUCCUCAAGCUGGAAGACUCGCUUGAGGAAUUGAACCAACAUCUGAUGCACCACCCGUCCCUGCUGCCAAGUGAUUUUGACAUCGACAAAUCAGGGACCCUGGUUGUCAAUCAAAACAUCCUCCAGACUAAUCGUUCAUCAUUCAAGACCAAAGGGGGGAAGUCGAGCCCUUCCCUGAGCAACACCAGCUCGUCCAAGCAAUCCACAGUCUCACCAGAGACCCACAAGAGAGAUGUGGCCAAAACUGGAGCCGCAUUUCAACAGUCCAUCCUGCAGGCAGCUGCCAAGAGAGAAAUCAUUGCCAUUCAGCUGAACAAGCCGGAAGGACAAAGCUUGGGAUUCAGCGUCGUUGGAUUGAGAUCAGAUCACAAAGGAGACUUGGGUAUCUUCGUUCAAGAGAUACAACCAACCGGAAUCGCUGGAAGAGAUGGUCGACUGGCCGAGGGCGAUCAAAUCCUGGCGAUUGACGGACAAGUGCUGGAAGCGGCCAUCUCGCACCAGGCGGCCAUUGGCAUCUUGCAGCGGGCUCGUGGCGUCGUCGACUUGGUAGUGGCCCGCGGUGUCAACCCAGAAGUGCCGCACAUCCCGCUCAUCAGUUUGCAGCAGUCCCAGCAGCCGUCGUCUAUCGUUGAAUUCGCCCAGCAGCAGCAACUGAUCCAGCAAGAAAAGACUCAGCAGCAGCAGCAGCAGCAGCAGCACAAGUUGCAGCAGCAGCUGUCAUCGCCGGCCAGCAGCACUCGAAGCCGCAGCAGUCAAAGUAGUCAGCACAGCGCCGCUGCUGCCUCAUCUUCUUCUCGAUCGGCUUCGCCUCAACCACCAGCGCUGCCGCAACAACAACAACAGCCACCGGCGGCUCCUUUGUUGUCCUCGUCGCCAACGUCGUUCACCACUUUGACGACAACAGAUCCAAUCAAGAACAACAACGGUGUCGACGUGGUUGAAAUCAUCACCACCGCCAGUCUAGCGGCCCCAUCUCUCGGCCGUUCACCUUCCGCCUUGAGUGACGGAUCCAAGACUGGAGGCGAUAUGGUGCUCAACACAGAGUGGGCCCAGGUUGAGGUGGUCGAUCUAAUCAACGAUGGAUCCGGACUCGGUUUCGGUAUCAUUGGUGGGCGGAGUACUGGCGUUGUCGUUAAAACCAUCGUCCCCGGUGGAGUUUCUGAUCGGGAUGGACGAUUACAGAGUGGAGAUCAUAUCCUUCAGAUUGGCGAAGUCAGCCUGCGCGGUAUGGGCUCGGAGCAAGUGGCGGCCGUUUUGCGCCAGUCUGGCACACAAGUCCGUCUGGUCGUGGCCCGACCCAUCGAACCCACAUCUCCCGAUUAUCAGGGCAUGAGCAGUAGCGCGCCGAUCGUUCCCACCAAAGUGCUGGGCGAUCCGGAAGAGCUGGAAAGACAUUUAGCCAUGCAUCAAAACGGAGCCUUCCAAGUGGUUGACCCUUUCGUCGGCGCUGCCGUCGAUCUGGAAAACAACGCCGCCAUGCUGUCCAUCGACGGAUUCGAUGACCGGUUCAUUUUCACUCCGCCGACGCUCGAAUUGCAGCAGUCGGACGUUCAACUCCAUGUUACUUCCAGUGUGCCUCGGGGUGAAUCCGUCAUCCAGUUGAGCGGCUCCCACCUGAGUGCCUCGACGACGGAAGAGACAGUGGAGAUGGAGACUAUCCAAAUGGUUAUUGGUCAGACGCCAGAUCUGACGGCCGACAUGAAUGUGGAUUACCUGCCGGAAGUGGAAAACUUUGAGGUCCAGCUGAAGAAGGAUGCACAAGGAUUGGGCAUCACGAUAGCUGGAUACGUUUGCGAAAGGGAGGAACUGUCGGGCAUCUUUGUCAAGAGUAUUAAUCCGGGCAGCGUUGCGGAUCUCUCUGGCCGGAUUCAAAUCAACGACCAGAUUGUCGAGGUCGACGGCCAGUCUCUACGCGGAUUCAACAACCACCAGGCCGUUGAGGUGCUGCGGAGCACGGGCCAGGUGGUCUGCCUGACGCUGGCCCGCUACUUGCGCGGACCCAAGUACGAUCAACUCCAGCAGGCCAUGGCCGAGAGCACGAUCGCCUCGGUGACGCCCGCCGUUCCUUCGUACCGGCCUCCGUCUCCGCCUCCUGCGUCACCACCUCCAACGAUCCCGCGGUCUCCUCCGCCGGCCCUGCCAGUCGUCUUUCAAGAUCCCAAACCAGAUGUUCCUUCCGUCUUUCUCAACGGCCAGGAGCAGAAGCCGCCACAGCCGCAUCAUCAUCACGAGCGCGUCGACAGUCUCGACGCCAGCCCUCGCCUACCCCAAGUGCCUGAACCCGAGUCUGACCAAUUGAUGGAUCUGGAUCGAUUCGACCCUCUCGCCUCGCCAAGUAACGCUCUGGAUUAUUCAUCGCUGUCGCCGGAAGAGCUGGAGAAGCUCAUCGAUCACGUCUACUCUGCCCAACUCUCGCCGCAAUGCGAGGCCGCCAUUAUCGCCAAAUGGCGAUCGAUGGUGGAGGAGGACGUGGACAUUGUGGUGGCGCAGCUGUCCAAGUUCCAGCCUUCCGGAGGACUGGGCAUCAGCCUGGAAGGCACGGUCGAUGUGGAGGAAGGCCGCGAAGUUCGACCGCAUCACUACAUCCGCUCGAUCCUGCCCGAAGGGCCCGUCGGCUCCAACGGCAUCCUGCACAGCGGCGACGAGCUGCUGGAGGUCAACGGACGCAAACUGCUCGGCCUCAGCCACGUCGAAGUCGUCUCCAUUCUCAAAGAUCUUCCGCAGUCUGUGCGGAUGGUUUGCGCCCGCCGCCAGACCCACCUGCUGCCCACCCAGCUGCCUUCACGGCCAAUCGAUGCCACCCAAGAUCGAGCGGCCUUCGCCUCUAGGAAUAUCCUCGGAGGUAGCCUGCAGAGCCUGAUUCCGCCUGGCGACCGAUUGGUGAAAGCCAAAUCCGACGGUUCGCUGGCUUCCACUUCGGUGUCGCCGGCUGCUGACUCGCCGCUCUCAAAGAGCCAUCGAUCGCGCAGCUUGGAGCCGCUCAGCGGCCUCGCCACGUGGAGCUCUGAACCGCAGGUCAUCGAACUCGUCAAAGGCGAGCGUGGACUAGGUUUCUCCAUUCUAGACUAUCAGGAUCCCAUGAAUCCCAGCGAGACCAUCAUCGUCAUCCGCAGCCUGGUGCCUGGCGGAGUUGCGCAGCAAGACGGCCGUCUCAUCCCCGGGGACCGGCUCCUCUUCGUCAACGACAUCAACUUGGAGAACGCUUCGCUCGACGAAGCCGUCCAGGUUUUGAAGGGCGCGCCUCGCGGCCUCGUUCAGAUUGGCGUUGCUAAGCCGCAUCCCGUCUCGCUCAACGAGAGCGGCUCCAACGGCGGCCCGGCUGGCGCUCCAGGGGCUUCCGAGAUGCAGAGACACGAUAUCAACCGUUCUUCCAGUAGUAGGAGUAGUGAAUGUAGUAGCAGCAACAGCAGCAGCGAGGACGAGUACGUCUACCAAGUCCAGGAGCAGUCGGUUUUACCGCUUCCUCCACCUCCUCCACUACCGCAGACGGAGCCUCCUGAUACGGAUUCGUCUGAAUCUGAAAUGCCUAAUCCGCUUUUGGUGAAUGUGGCCACGGAGCGGCUUCUGCUCAGCUCGGGAUCGUCCGCAUUCGAUCACCACCACCAUCACCAUCCGGGCGGAGGAGGAAUGUCGGAUGGAGGGCCGCUGCCGUCGGCCCUGGAGCGGACGGUCCGGAUCAAGAAGGGCGGCGAUCCGCUGGGCAUCAACGUGGAAGUGGUGGACGGCGGGGCCAGCGGCGUCCUGGUGACUUCGGUGGCCAAGGGCGGAGCCGUCCACCGGGACGGUCGCAUCCGCACGGGCGACUUUCUCGUUUCCGUCAAUCACGAGACGAUGAGGUUCGCCACCAACGCGCAGGCACGCGCCAUCUUGCGGCGGACGCAGCUCGUCAGCACUGACGUCAGUAUUGUGUACAUCCCGGCCGGCGACGCGGCCAUCUACCGCCAAACGACGCUGAUGACGCAGCUCGCCCAAGACAUGGAUAGUAAUGCCUCUGUUGUCAAACCCUCUUCCUCUUCCUCCACCACCACCACUAUGACUAGGAUAUACCCGCAAUAUUAUCGCUCGCCUUCGGUGACGGUGCCAUCGCCAAGAAUCGACCCGGAAGUGCAAGAAAUCAACUCGGCGACGCUGCCACCGACGCCGUCAGGAGCCCAAGGAGCUGAAGGAGCAACAGCUAGCGAGCACGAGUCCAAGGACAGCCGACUAGAGGAGCCUGAGCUGCUGCUGCUGUCGGAGGAAGAGGAGGAGGCCCAGCCGGAACUAGGAGACGGUCUUCCAGCGUCGAAACGAGUCGAGUCGCCGCAGUUGCCUAUCGAUCCAGCAGUCCAGCAGGAACCGGCUGUUUCGUCUUCAAUCUCUACCACCAUCGCACAGGUGGCGUAUCCCAGCGCCAAUCCCCCCGUGGCCGCCACGAACGGAACUAGCGGAAUGAUGGCCAUCUAUUCACGGCACUGGGGCCCCGAGCGGAGUGUGCAAAUUCUUCGCGACCCCACCAAAAGCCUCGGCAUCAGCAUCGUAGGCGGCAAGGUCGACGUGGCAUCGGGAAGUGGUGCGCCCAUUACCGGCAUUUUCAUCAAGAACGUUUUGCCUGAAAGCCCAGCCGGACGCACUGGACAGUUGAGAACGGGCGACCGGAUUCUAGAUGUGGACGGUGAAGACUUGCGUGAAGCCAGUCACGAGAGAGCCGUUGAAGUCAUCCGCAAAGCCGGAAAUCGCGUCACUUUCCUGGUUCAAUCCCUCGUCGAUUUUGAACAAGAUCAAAAUGGCAUUACGGCCACCGGAUCGCUGGCCGCAGAUCAAAAUGGCAUUACGGCCACCGGAUCGCUGGCCCCGUCUGUCUCCUCGCGGUACCAAUCGGAAGGAGCUGAAACGCCGACGACGGAUGCCGAGCACCUGACGCCGUUGCCAUCGCUCCUGAACGGCGACUUGAGCCAGAACAACACGAUAGAACUGCCCAAAGUGGCUCCUAGCGGACUUCCUUCCAGUGAUACGCCCAUGCCGGAAGUCAUCCAGAGCGGAUUCGAACCCAAACCGGUGAUCAAUCGCCAGCAGACGGAAGACGAUGACGAAGAUGACGACGACGGCGGAGACACUCAAGGGCGGACCAUCACGGAAGCCGGCAUGGAGAUUGAACGGGCCAGCGCCGGAAACAUGAAACUCACCUCGUCGGAAAAGGCGUCCGAUCCGGACCAGCCGGAUGAUUUCGGUUACACGCAAAAGAAAAUCCAUAAGAAAUGGGGAGACCUCAAGGGCGAAAUUGUUCGAGUCGAUUUGGACCGGACGUCGCCCGGCGGCGGGGCCCUGUCGACGGUGAGUCUGGGCCUCAGUCUGGCCGGACACAAGGAUCGAACCGUCAUGGCCGUUUUCAUCUGCGGUCUCAAUCCGAGCGGCAUCGCCUUCAAGGACGGCCGUCUCCAGGUGGGCGACGAGCUGGUCGAAGUCAACGGCAACGUCCUGCACGGGCGGUGUCACCUCAACGCCUCGGCCAUCAUCAAAUCCAUCGGCGGAGCCCGCGUCACCAUCAUCGUCCUGCGGAGGGAAGGAGCCCUCCAGGAAGUGGCCGUCCCGCCCAUCACUCGAUUUCCCAUCUCCUUGGAGGAACAACCGCCGGAAGAGCGAUACUCGCGAUUCAAAAACCUCCGCAUCAUCACCCUCAAAAAGGGUUCGGCUGGACUGGGCAUCAUGAUCAUCGAAGGCCGUCACGCCGACGUCGGUAGCGGCAUCUUCAUUUCGGAUAUCCAGCGGGAAAGUGUUGCGGAAGAGGCUGGACUCGCCGUCGGCGAUAUGAUCCUCUGCGUCAACAAGGACGAGCUUCUCGGUGCCGAUUACGAUACGGCGGCCGGUGUCCUCAAGAAAGCCGAGGGUAUCCUGACCAUCGUUGUGUCCAAUCCCAAAACGGCCGAUCCCAUCAAAAAGGAAGAGCCCAAGCCAAAAUUACCUCCGAAACCGGCGAUUGCACCGAAACCGGCGUCCAUGUCGGCCGGCCGGCUGGGCUUGAAUUCGAGUUCGGCGUCGCAUAACGUGUCGUCGACGUCGUUGCCGUCCUCGUCGGCCGUCAUGGCCGGACUGGACGUGCAUUCGACGACGGUGUCGAGCCAAUCGGCGCCGCAGUCGCCGCUGAAUGCGCCCGGCCUCCUCCCGUCCUCCCGUCCCGUCUCGUCCUACUCGCCGUCUCAGUCGCCGUCGCCGUCGAUGGCCGCCAUUUCGGCCUCGUCGCUCGACGCCAACGUCGUCAGCGACUCUCUGACGUCGACGAUGGCCACGGCGACGGCCACGCCCGUCGAUCCUUUACCUUCCCUUUCGGCUUCCUCGUCCUCUUCUUCCUUCCUGCCGUCGGCCUCCCUGACAGCCCCGGCCGUCGUCACCGCCGCCGGACGGACACCUGGCUCGGUUCCGGCCUCUUCCGGCGGCGGCGGCGGCGGAGGAGGGUACAAGGGCGUGGCCAUGGGCGGCAGCGCUGGCGGCCACCAGGGCAAAGCAGUUCUCCGGCAGCACGGCGGCCCGUCUUCGCACUCUAAAUCUUCUGUUGGCGGCAAUUUAGUUGUCAAGGUGCCGGACGAACCGCUGCCCGACCCCACCGUUUGCGAAGUCAAGCCGGGCAAGGAGACGACCAUCGAAGUCAACAAGGACAAACUGGGACUCGGUUUGAGCAUCGUCGGCGGAUCCGACACUCUUUUGGGAGCGAUCCUGAUCCAUGAAGUGUAUCCGGACGGUGCGGCGGCCAGGGACAAGCGCCUCAAGCCGGGCGACCAGAUCCUGGAAGUCAACGGCGAGAGUUUCCGCAACAUCACCCACAGCCGGGCGCUGGCCGUGCUGAGGCAGACGCCUGCCAAGGUCCGCAUGAUGGUCUACCGUGACGAGACGUCGCUCAAGGACGACGACAUGCUGGACAUUAUCGAAGUGGAGCUGCUGAAGAAACCCGGUCGCGGUCUCGGUCUCAGCAUCGUCGGCCGUCGCAACGGUCCCGGCGUUUACAUUUCCGACGUCGUCAAGGGCGGAGCCGCCGAAGCCGACGGCCGGCUAAUGCAGGGUGACCAGAUCCUGACAGUCAACGGCAACGAUUUGCGAACGGCCUCGCAGGAGCAAGCGGCAGCCAUCCUGAAGACGGCCAUGGGCAAGAUUGAUUUGAAGGUGGGCCGUCUGAAAGCCGGAGCCGCUAGUCCCCGUUCAGCCACUUCGGCCGAAUCAAGUCCCGCCUCGUCCCACCUGCUCCCGCCAGCACCACCCAUCCGCGAAGACAGUCUUCCCUCAAUGUUGAACAUUUCCGCCGCCGCCGCUGCCGCCGCCGCUUCGUCGGCCAACGAUCCGCCAUUGGUGCCGACGCCGACGACUCCGCCACCUCCGCCGCCACCUCCUCUGCCACCCGUGCCCGUCCUGCCCGUCUCGCUGCUUCAGCUGGACCCCGUCAACGCUCUUCCGUCGCCGGCGGGAGCCUUGGCGGCGGCUGCUGCUUCUUCGUCGACGGCUCCGCCCACUUUCACGAGGAUCGUCCUGGAGCGAGGAGCCGACGGCCUGGGAUUCAGCAUCGUCGGCGGACUGGGCAACCCACAGGGUGACCUUCCCAUCUUCGUCAAGACCGUCUUUGAGCGCGGAGCGGCCGCCCAGUCCAAUUUGAGGCCGGGCGACCAGAUCCACGCCGUCGACUCUACGCUGCUCGACGGCAAAACGCAUCAGGAGGCCGUCGCUCUGCUCAAGAACGCCAAGGGAACCGUCACUCUCACCAUCGUCUCCUAAGUUCACCGUUUUGGUUUUUUUUUUUCGUUUUUCGUAUUCGCCGAUUUUUUGGGUUCCAGCUCUGCCCCUUCCAUUUGUUAUUUUUCAUCUUCGCCCAACCCUCCCGCUCAACGUCAUAUCAAAAGGGGAAAACCAAAAACCAAAACAAACAAAAAAAUUUUUUUUUUACAAAGAAAAUUUGAAGCUGCUAAUCCUAUACAACCAAAUUUUGAAGAGACGUGCUGAGAAAUUGCGAUGCGCGCGCGCGGUGGUGGUGGAGAGAGAAAAUGUUUGGUUGGAAAUCGAUCGAAUCUACUUCCUCCGUGACAACCUGACUUUUUGAUAAUUGUUUAAUCCAAAGAUUUUUAUUAUUUUUUUUCUUCUCGUGGCAGCGUGCGGAGUGCCGGAGUCCCACCCCAAACCCCCCCCUGAGAUUCCUAUUCCUCUCCCACCAUUUCUUACCUGCUGGAUCAGAAACGGGAUGAACGCUAGGCGCGGUUGUGGUUAUUUUUAUUUAUUUUUUUUUUUCAAAUUUCGCGGGGAUUAAAAAAAAAACGAAAUGAAGACUCGACAUUUGAAUUUCCCGCGUUCUAAUUAGGAUCCCCCCAUCGAGUCUUUGGCUGCCACGUUAUUCUUGAAUAAGGAAAAACGAUAAUCGUUUCUGGUUUAAAAAAGAAGAAAAAAAAAGAAUGUGCAUUUUUUUUCUUUGGUUUAAUGACGACUUCCUCACCACACAGUCACGCUGCAACAAUAAAGUAUGUUGAGUGUGCGUGCGUGUGGGUGUGUAAGUGUGUGCGUGUGUGCUCUACUCCUUCCCUGUACUCGUCGAGUGACCCGUUUUCUGUUUUUUUGAAAAAAAUUCGGGAGUCCUUUUUCUCCACAAAACCUGAUUUAUCAUUUGUGCUGUAGACUUUUCGCGGCGGAUCCAGUCGAUUUCAUUUUUUGUUGUUGUUGUUGUUGGGUUUAAAAAAUGGGGAAUGGGAAUAACAAAGGUGGCGGUGGGAUUUUUAUUUUCUCCCCGUAGACGAUCCUUGAUUGUCGAUCCUUAAAAGUGAUUGAAUUUUAAAAGGAAAAAGAAUGCGAACGGGCAUAAAAAUUAUGAUUUUAGAGCAACUAGUUGACGAAGAAGUAUUUGUCUACCACGGCAAAUUCUAUGCAAAAGUGCCCCCCCUCCUCCUCCUCCUCCUCCCUGAUUAUAUAUACCGAUUAUCAUGACGCUCUCUCUCUCUCCUUUGAUGACAUUUACCCGCCGUUGUAUUGACUUGAUCGAUUGAUAAUUGUUAUGACAUAUUCCCUGCACUCUCUUCAACUCUUAUCUUUACUCUAUUAUUCUAUUCCGUAUACUUCCUCGUCUGCCUGUUAUGAAUCGACUUGUUUUCCUCAAUCAAAUCUACUCCCCCCCCCCUCCCCCUCCCUGUUUUACAUACAUUUAACAAUGUCGAAUCUUUUCUUGUUUGUGUCUGAAAGAAACGGAAAAAGGUGAAGAAAACACCUUUUACCGUUCUAACCUACUUAUAUACAUCUUUUUUUCCGGAAGGAAAAAAAGAAAAGAAAGAAAAAAUUAUCCGAAAUUGAAUUUUUUAUUUUCGUUUCACGAUGAUUUUUCGAAAAAAUCAGAAAAAAAUGUCGAAAUUUCAGUUUGAGGGGAAAAAAAUUUAAUAAAUUGUGUUUGUUUUUGGAUGAAUCGAACAAUAUGAUAUGACAAAAGAAAUGCGAUAUCCGUUGAACCAUUAACUCUCUCUCUUCCUGAUUAUUAUAAUUAAGUUUCAACUUGAAAGAAGAAAAAGGAAAACCAGCUUAAAGAAAAGAAGUGCUCUCGUUAUUUUGUUUCCCAGUCUUGAAUUGCCUCCUCCUCUUUAUCUCUCCUUCUCUCUCUCUCUCUUAACAUUAUUAUUAUAAUGAAUUGAAUUGCCCUUUGAUUUUGGUACCUUUACUCAUUGACACUACCGUGCAUACUCACUGUAGCCUGUUAAAGAAAUAUAUUUGCAAUAACAA